AUGGUAGUUGCUGGAGAUUCUAUAUUGAAGCAUGUAGAAGGAUUGAGUCUCUCGAACAUGAGUAACCAUGUGGUAGUCGAGAGUUUCUCAGGAGCUACAACUUCUGAUAUGGAAGACUAUUUAAGACCAGUACUCCAAAAGGAACCGAACAAAAUAAUUUUACAUAUAG